AUGGAUGUCAAUACAUGGACACGAUUUAUUAUUUUAAUUAUCUAUACAGUUGGAGUAACAGCUACAGAUUAUUAUAAAAUCUUAGGAGUCAAACCAAAUGCAACUGAAAAAGAAAUUAAACGCAAAUUCCGUCAAUUAGCUAUAAAAUACCAUCCUGAUAAAAAUAAAGAUCCCAAAGCCGAAGAAACAUUUUGUUCUAUAGCGGAAGCAUGUGAUGUAUUAAGUAAUCCAGAUAAACGUCGGCAAUAUGAUGCGCAACGUCAUCAAUCAUUUACCUCUUCCUCAUCAAAUCGAGAUGGCUUUUCUGAUUUCGAUUCUAAGAUGCACGAUUUCUUCGAAGAGUUUGAGGCUUUUCAUAAGGCUCGUCGUCAAGCUUAUGAACGUGCUCAUCAAUAUUCCCAUCAACAUGCUCAUCAAUAUGCUCAUGAAAGUGCUUAUGAAAGUGCUCCUCAGCAUGUACAAAAAAAUGUUUCUAAUUUAAUUUUAUUUGUUUUAUUGAUUGUAAUUUGGAUUUAUUCUAAAAAACGAAAUCCACAGCGAGAAAGUCCAAUUUCAACAGAUGAAGCAAUACAUCGAAGUGAACAUAUGAAAAAAAUUCGAGAACAACAACAAAAACGAUAUGAACAAGAAGCUUUACGUCGUUUAAAAGAAAAACAACAAAAACGAUAUAAACAAGAACCUUUACGUCGUUUAAACGAAAAACAAGCUAUUUAUUAUUAG